AGAAUAUUUUUGUUACUGGCCACUUUUUGCCGAGACGUGGCAUAGGCACGAACAACUUCCACGUUCGCCGCCAUUUUGACAUCCAGCGAGCGAAUUGUAAAGAAUUCUGUGAAGUGAAGCGUUUUUCUUGUUGAAUAAAGUUAUUUCCUCCUGAAAAUACUAUCAAUAAAGCAGAAAAAUGGGGAAUAUGUUUGCAAAUUUAUUUAAAGGCCUAUUUGGCAAAAAGGAAAUGAGAAUAUUGAUGGUUGGUUUGGAUGCAGCUGGUAAAACCACAAUUCUAUAUAAACUUAAAUUAGGAGAAAUUGUAACGACAAUUCCCACGAUUGGGUUUAAUGUGGAGACUGUAGAAUACAAAAACAUCAGUUUCACUGUGUGGGAUGUGGGCGGUCAAGAUAAAAUUAGGCCAUUGUGGAGGCAUUAUUUCCAGAAUACACAGGGUCUCAUCUUUGUAGUAGACAGUAAUGACCGAGAGCGUAUCGGAGAGGCGCGCGAGGAGCUCAUGCGAAUGUUAAGUGAAGAUGAGUUACGAGAUGCAGUACUUUUGAUCUUUGCAAACAAACAGGACCUGCCGAACGCCAUGAACGCGGCGGAGAUCACGGACAAGCUGGGGCUGCACUCGCUGCGCAACCGGCUGUGGUACAUCCAGGCCACGUGCGCCACCUCCGGCGACGGGCUCUACGAGGGGCUGGACUGGCUCUCCAACCAGCUCAAGAACGCCAACCGCUAACCGCGACGCCCUAAUCUGAUUACUGAAAGAGACUAUGGUUUAAGAUAUGUUAACUUUAUUUGCUAAAUACAAUGUAUUAUGUGCGGAAUCAUAAAUGUAUUACUGACGCGUCACCCGGCGACCGAGCUGGCAUCGCACUCUCUGGGAACAUCGCCCAUCGAACAUCGAGCCGCGGUCGUGCGUUGUUUGUUCGAUCCCUGUUGACGUUGAACAAAAUAUAGUGUGUAAAUUUAACGCAAAAUUACAAUUUUGUUUAUAAUUAUCAGUAAACGAAGGGAAGACACGGUGUACACUGUUGAGUGAUCGCGCAUUGUGAUGUGGAUAGGUAUGUGUAGCUGACACGUGAUAAAGUGAAUCACAGCAUAACAUGUUUUAUAUGUAUACUAUAAUGUGGAAUAAGUUGUCGUAAUAAAGUAUUUAAAGUUAAUUCACUCCCUUUGCCUUUAAUUUGUUAGUAGAAGUUGCCUAAUUGUCCUAUGCAGGCUACGCGUAGACGAGGACACGUGUUGAAGCAGGUACAUGCGGUUUCACGACAUCGCCACGUAGCUGCCUAUACACAUCGCUUUGUGAUUUUGGACUCCAUAUACUAAUGUUUUCCUAACUGUCAUCUAUGUGCAUAUUCCACUCAACCUGAGCGACUUAUUGUAUGAUGAUAGUUUAUUUUUAUGAAAGUUAUAGGUAAGCUGUUAUGUAUUUUACACUGAAAACUAUUCUGUUCCGACAGACGGCCCCCUUGGCGACGGCUCGUUGUGUCGAACCUGCAUUUAAAGUUGACUUCUCAUGACGAACCGAGAUUAACUUCUAAUAUUUAGGUAUAAUAUGUAAUAGAUAAACACGGUGUAAUUUUGAGAAUUGUUUCCGCUUACAGGGAAACGAUACUCAGAAUUCUCAGCGGUACUUUGCUCUACACAAUUAAUUAUAACUUAGCAUUUUUAUAAUAAUUUAGAAGAAAUUGUUAAAACACAUUUCCAAGGACGGAGUUAUGGCAUGUGUGGUGGAUAGAAUUUUUUUAAUUUUAUGAAGACGAAUAUAAUGAAAAUGCGAAAUGUGACAUUCCGGUUUGUCUUAAUGCUGUAUUAUGGAAUAAAAUAUCCUCACAAA